AUGUUGGUCAUCGCGGAUUCUUUAGAAGACUGUUUAAUGUUUAUAUUACACCUUAUCGCAUUUCCAACAGAAACGAUGAAUCGACACAUCAGUAUCGGCUCUGAGACUUCUGCUGGUGCUUCUGCCACGCGGCCAAUCAGCCAUGCCACCGUUUCAAUCUUGUUCAUGGACAAAGUGCUUUCUCAUCGUAGCCACGGUAUCUGUGCGGAUCACAACAUCUACGCAGAUCUACACCUGUUCUGGCAAGCUUUAAAUGUCCCUUGUUUGAUCCUUGCCAUCCCAGCCAUUUUACUUUUGUUCCAGCUGACGAUUGCAGUUGCCCUGAUCGAACAUAUGGAGAGGAGUAUGCCAGCGGUGAAAUCGAACAAUGGGAUCAUUUGCCUUGCUGUGUAA